GACGAUGCUCUAAUGGGAACAGUGUUCAACAGGAAGGAGAAGAAUGCCCUGCUGGGAGCCCUCUCCGCCCUGGACCUAAUGCUCAGCUCUACCCGAUACCGGUCAAUCUAAUCCUCUAGUUCAACAGGAUUCCUUGGAGAUGGUGAUGGAUUUGUAAAACUCAAAAUUAUUAUUAUUAUCAUUAUUACUAUUAUUUAUUAUUAUUUUUAUUGAUUGAAACUAUUGAUAACUACUGUGAUUACAUGGUUACUUUUGUCAUAGAACAUUAUUUUGUAAAUUAUUUGUUAAAACUAUAGUCAUACAAAUGUUAAACUGCUCAUUUUGUUAAUUCAAUGUAAAUAUGUUUUUUUUUUGUGAACAACCUGUCGUGAUACAGCGGUCUCCAAAAUAAAAUAUAUGGAUGCUAGGCUUUUAGGGCGCUUUGCGCCUCCUUUCCUGUAAAUAAUUAUAGCUUUUAAAUAUUGCUCUGAAAAUCGGCCAUUUUAAAUCAUUUUCAAAUCUAUUUUCCAGGAUUUUUUUUCUCCAAAUUUGAUAUUCCAUAAACCUUCAAACGGACAGACAGACAGACAAGCAAAGUAUAAGAUUAGAAAGAAGUCCUUUUAUUAUUUUGGGGGACCACUGUAGAACUUAUUAUGUAUUAUUAAUUCUAUAACCAUAGUUAAUUUUAUUUUUAUUAUUUGAUUUAAUUACUUCUUUCUUGUUAGUUUGAAAUUUGAAUAUUUCUAGUCUGAAGUCUGAAUAGUCAUUGUUAUGGCAGAAAACAUUAAAUAUUUAUUUUUGUUAAUCUAUUGCAAAGUUAUAUACUGGUAUAUCUACAAAUAAGGCCGUUGGGAGGCAAACAUAUUUUUAUAUUUAUUGGCGUUUAAUCAUUAAUUGAAACCACUGUGGCUUAUUCAAGUGACCCCCCAUCUAUAGUUAGGCAAGUCUGAUUCACAACGGUAUUCCUUAAACCUUUAUCUGAGCAACGAUGAGGGAGAUAUCAUGAUUUUUCUGUUUUAUAAAAUGUUGAAUUCUGACAAUGUCCUUGAAUCGUCUCUGCUUUUCACUUUUGAAUCGUCACUUUUACAGAGAACCCACAAUUGAAAAUAAUACAUUUUUUCCGAAGAAAAACUGGAAUUUCACAUUCUUUCUUGUUAGUUUUAAGAUUUAAACGGUACUGUUGUGAAUCAGAUGUUUGUAAACGGAGGUACCUUUAAAUCACGUCACAGUCCUUUAAAAAAUAUAUUUUCAGAAACAAUGAAUGACAAGGGUAAAGGUUUCAUGCUGACCCCUUCCAGGCUUGGGAAACCUGCAGUCGAGGUGGCAAAACCAGUUUUCACAGGAUUAAAACAGAGUAAGCUGGGUGGUAGUGUAGGAAUAUUGGCUGAUUCUAAACUCUCCGUCCUUCAAUCACAAAGUAAUUCCAGUAAUACAGAGACUGAAGAAUCCGCCUCUUCUGCUCCCUUCAAACCUACAACAUUUAGUUUUACCCCCUUGAGUAAACCCGGGACAGAAAAUUCAGAAAACUCAUUUCUCGGGACUGCUACAGGUAUAUUAAUAAUAAUUAGCAAAGACGGCCGAGCCAGUGUUUGGACAAAAUCUAUCAGAGAAAGCAAUUGUUCCUGCAGAGAAGUUCAAGCAGCAGAAAAACUUCCGGAGGACGAUAAAAAGACGCUAAGCGAGUCUGCUGCCGAGUAUACGGAAAGUCAUAAGAAUAAGAGGAAAUAUGAAGAAGUUACUGUUGUAACAGGAGAGGAAGAAGAAUCUAAUGUUAUGCAGAGCAAUGUUAAACUUUACCUCUUCUGUACCGAGAACAAGAACUGGGUGGAGAGAGGCAGGGGUCUGAUCAGAUUGAAUGAUGAUACCUGUUCUAAACUUGGUCACAUCAGAUCGAGAUGCAUCUUAGUUCAGAUGCACCUUAGUUCCGAUGCUAAAUUGUCUGUGUUCAGGCUUGUAAUGCGAACUAGUGGAUCCCUGCGCGUUGUCCUGAACACCAAACUGUGGGCAGGGAUGGUGUGUGAAAAGAUCUGA